UUUUGCUUUGCCUAUUAAAUAUGGUUAUAUUCUUGAUUGUUAUUAUUAUGAUUGGGAUAAAGAAUAUAAAAAAAUGACAGAAGAAAUGAAAGUAAAAGACAGUAAAAUUAAAAUACCACAAUGGUUAAAGGAUUUAAAAGCCAAUCCAGAUUUGUUAACACCACUUAUUAAAGUUUCGCUUAAACGUUGUAAACCUUUUGAAAAUUUUAUUGAAGAAGAUAAGAUACCCGAGAUGUUGAUACAUAUAGACAACCAUUGUUCAAUGCCCAGCAAUAUUUUCAUAAAAAAGUUAGAAACAACUCAUGUCGACUUCAAUUCUGCUAAAAUUGACCGUGAUGAUAUUUCUUCGAUAAGAUUGCCAGCCUCUUGGACUGUGAAUAAAAAGCCAAAUCCAUAA